UCGUUGUCCUGAUUCUGUUUUCGGUGUCAUUGAUGUUGACUGAAUGAGAUUGCUUUCUAGAAAUAUACUGAGCACCAUAGUUUGCUCACAUGUGUGUUUAGGAAGCUCAUAAUUAUACUCGACCGCCCAUGCUAGACCUACUGAACUUAUAUGUAGUCUGUGCUUGAAAGGAUAACAUGUUUGGAUGACUCGCAUGAUAUGAAUCCUUCAUUUGAAACUGUUGAUGCUUUGCAUAACUCUUCUUUUUGUUUUCCCCACAAUACUCUACUGAUUUAAUUUUUGAUUCUUUUCUUUUUCUGGACGCCUGUGUCUGUUUUCUAUUGAGACGAAUUGAAUGAUAUUGUUGUGUAGAAAACACCAUAUUUGCUCACUCAUUUACCUAAGAAGCUCAAAUUACACCUGGCUUUUGAAAUUUGAAAAUGUUAUUUGUGUUUUGUGGACUCUGAUACUGGCACAUGGGACAUGACGCCACCACGGACACGGCAACGCAUUAUUCAUAUGUGAUUUAAAGUGUUCUGUUGUGUCUGAUUAUUGUUUCACAUGUGUAUGAGAACAACGCCUUUUUCUGGAGUGCCCGUGAUUCAGAGUCUAGUGUGCUUAUACGUAGACUUUCCUAUUUGAUGAGGAAUCAUAAAGAGUAAAUAGUCCUUGCGUUUGGAACUCUUAGGGAUGGUUUUGAGCAAUAGUUUGGAGUAUGGGCUUAUGCAUAUAACAAAAAAGCACACCUAACCUUAGGCUGCAUGCGUGAGAUUUUGUUUGAGGUGUUCCCUGACCCAUUUAUUUUAGCACCUUUCAUGUCAUCUGGGUCUUAGUGUCUUUCAGCUGCCCCUCACUUGAUGUCAUGUGGUUCUGUUUGUUACCAGCUCCCAUUGGAUUUGGCCAACACAUAACUGUUGGAUAUAACACUUUCAUUUUUUAUCCCUCUUUUACCAGUUUGAUCACUUGCCAACUCCCUAGUUGGUCCUUGUGAAAGCCUCAUGCAACUUGGGUUGGGUAUAGGGGCAAAUCGAUCUGUAUUAUGCAAGCAUGCUGUUAAGGUUUCUUGAAUAUGCAGAGCAUAAGGAAGUCUAUCUUGAGACAUAUAAAUUUGAGGUCAACUGAAAGAUGGUUUUUGGCGAGGGAUGAGAAUGUUCAAAUGCAAUUGAGACGCCUUUGCUCCUCAACUGAUGCCAGCUCUGAUAUGAUACUUGAUCGAGUAAUUGGAUUGGUGAAGAAUUAUAAUAGGAUUAAUGCUUCUAAGGUUACUGAAACAGCUGACUUUCAGAAAGACCUGAACCUUGACAGCUUGGACAGGGUAGAGCUUAUUAUGGCUCUUGAAGAAGAAUUUUCCAUCGAAAUCCCUGAUGAGAAAGCAGAAAAGCUAACUUGCUGUGCUGAUGUUGCAAAAUACAUAUCCUCUGAAGCUUCUCAGAAAGUUGUUGAAAAGCCCUGACUUCUAGGCAAUAUUCCUUGGGCAUGGUAUUCAAAUGUUUCAUAUCUGAGGUAUCAGAGUUUCUUUUAAGUUAGCCAAGUUGCAACUAUGUGUGUUGGUUGACCUAUCUGUUGCUUCAACAAGGUAUUUUGUUGUUGGAAUAGAUGAAGACUUAAAGAUCUUAGUGAUUGUUUUUGGUUGAAGAUAGGUCAGCCUGGCUGGAAUACUCUGUUGACCUUUAAAAUGUUUCAUAGAUGCAGUGAUUGGAAGAAUACCACGUAUGGAAAUCAUUUAAUCUUGAGAUGUAUGAGCUUAUCAAAGAUUGGCGUUUGCAUAA